AUGAUAGACCGUCCAGCCGUACGCAUCGUCGAAGUCGGUCCCCGUGACGGGCUACAAGCGAUCGAGGAGAUCGUGCCGACGGAAAUCAAAAUCGAGCUCAUUAAGAGACUCUCCACCACGGGUCUACGGUGUAUAGAAGCGACUUCGUUCGCGCCGCAGCGAUGGAUCCCCCAACUCGCCGACCACGACGCGGUUAUGCACGCGGUACGGGAGAUGCAAGACGCCGCGGACACCUCCUCUGUGCGGUAUUCUGUCCUGGUUCCCAAUCUCAGAGGAUUGCUGGCCGCGGCCGACGCGGGCGCACGGGAAGUAGGAGUCUUCGUCUCCCCAACUGAAGCGUUCAGUCGCAGGAACAGCAACUGCAGCGUCAAGGAGGGUCUGGAGCGGGCCAGGGAAGUGACGCAGAAGGCCCGGGAGUUGGGCAUCCAUGUGCGAGGGUAUGUCUCCUGCGUCUUUUCUUGCCCAUUCGAAGGCCCGACAAAUCCGCACGACGUCUUGACCGUGGCACAAGCCCUGCUGAGCAUGGGCUGCUACGAGGUCAGUCUCGGCGACACCACAGGGUCUGGGACUUCGGCCCACGUCCGGCGUCUGCUCGCUGUACUUCUGAAAUACAUCCCUGCCCAUCGCCUGGCGGGCCAUUUCCACGACACCUACGGCCAAGCAGUGGCCAAUGCCGUCACGGCCUACGAACUCGGCCUGCGCACGUUCGACAGCAGCGUGGGCGGCCUAGGAGGAUGUCCGUACAGUCCAGAGGCGAAGGGGAAUCUUGCCACCGAAGACCUCGUCUACACUCUGGAGGGGAUGGGCAUUGCGACGGGCGUGGACUUACAGAAGCUGGCCGACAUUGGUCACUGGAUCAACGAGAAGCUGGGGAAACCAGAGGGCAGCCGAGCAGGUUCGGCAAUCUAUUCGAAACGCAACACCGUGCCAGCCAAAACAAGCCCUGGAUGUCAACCUACGAUGACAUGGACCAUGGUCAAACAAGAUCCGGAGUAUCAGCUGCUCCGAAAUGGAUCAACGGUCAAGAUUGCUUUGGAUCGACCGCGCAAUGGCAACGCUCUUACCAGGACAAUGCUCACUCACCUGACGACGCUGUUCGAGACGCUCUCCAAAGACCCUUCGGUCUUCCACAUUGUGCUGACAGGUAAAGGCAAGUACUUCUGCACAGGCAUGGACCUCAGCGGUGGUGGCGCCACGGCCGCUGGAGCAGAUGCCGCCUCGAAACAGGCCCAGUUCGAUGGUCUCUACAAACUAUUCGAGGCCAUCGACAGAACGCCUCAAACCACCAUCGCACUGAUCAACGGACCUUCGUAUGGCGGCGGCACAGGCCUCGCUUUUGUCUGUGACAUUCGCCUAGCCCAGGCCAAUGCGACAUUUACUAUGACCGAGGUCAAGCUGGGCCUGUGCCCUGCCACCAUUUCCAAGUUUGUCGUGCGCGAAUGGGGCGUAGGCAUUGCCCGCGAGGCCAUGUUGACCGGUCGAACAGUCACGGUGCAAGAGCUGCAUCGUGUCGGAGUCAUCCAUGCAAUAACCAGCUCCUCCUCGUCACCGUCCUUCUCCACAGCCGUCGUGGACGGAUCCCAGCCCAACCUGGAUCGAUUACUACAACACCAUCUCGACAAAUACCUCCGCCACGCCGCUCCGCAGGCAUCAGCUCGGACCAAGGAGCUCGUCGCCGCGGCGUGGCGAUACACAGGAGACGAUCGUCAAGACAAAGUCAUCAAAGACGUGUUCGAGUGGAUGAUUGCGCCCAGUGAGGAAGCACAGAUCGGCACCAAGGCAUUCCGGGCGGGAAAGAAGGAAGUCGACUGGUACGGGGUGUACCAAGGACGGAAGUCGACCACAGAUAAUGAUGGCCAGGGCCGUAAAAGCAAGUUAUAA